AUGCAGUCUAAGUCCCAGCAUGGAUUGACUCUAUAUAUCAUCAUAACCUGGGAAAACUGGGAAAGACUGAAAAAGAGGGAAGGAGAGCAAAAGGGUGGCAACAGAGAGAUAGUGAAGUUGUGUGUACAGAAGCAGCGAUAUAAACAGGAGAUGCUGGAGAGAUAAGGAAAUUAAGGGAAAGGGCGCAACUCAAAUAAACACUCAAACACACACAUACUCUUUUCCUUCUAAACGACCCCUCAUAAUGUCUGGGAUACAGACGGAGUGUCACGUCUCUCUCACACAUGCUGGUCACCGAAAGAGCUUCAACGCAACAGAGUGCUUUAAGACGAUGACAUGAUGUGGGAGAAUGUGCAAAAAUCUCUCCUAUAGCAUUUGACUUGUCGUAGAUGCUUGAAACGCAACAACUACAUCUGGAUUCACUGAAGAACUGGGCCUUCUGAAAUACACAUUGCAUGAUGUGCUCCUCAUAACAUGAGUAAGCUCUUUUGAUUUGACCCAUCAGACAAAUGUUGGAGAAGCUCAAACUCAAUGUUGACUGAUUUUUGCGGCUGAAGCUACUGUAGAGAUUUUCAGAGAAACUGCAUCAUCUGCUGCAAAAAGUGUGCUUUUUACAAGUUUUGAGAAAUUUUUUUUUUUUACUUUGAAGAACAUCGAAACAAGUUCCUUUAUUUUUGGAACAAGGCAAAUCUCGUAACGUUGGAGGAUCAUUUGCAAAGCUGCAUGUUCAUGAUGCAACUAUAAAUGGACACUGAUUAAGUUUUUAAAAAAUAAAUCACCAAGAAGACCCAAUGAAACAAGCCGAAUCCUUUCUUCUCGACACCUCCGGGACGUCCCUUAUAAACCACGCCCCCUUGCUCCGCCUCAAUGCUCUCGACUUCUCCGACCUAUGGGAUGACGAGGAUCUUGAGUUGGACAGUAUUGAUGAAGACUCCUCCCUUACUUCGGCCAAUCAGAUUGCAGCCUCACCCAUCCCUCCGCCCCCUCCCCCUUCAGCCCCUCCUCUUCCUGUAGCCAGUGAGUUGCCGCGGCUGUCAGGCUGUCGUACUCUGAGGCUCCAUUGGAGCGCGCUGUUGAGUCUGCAGCCUUUGCCAAGAGUGGGCCGUUUCGGGCCUCAUUCGAUCUGGGCCGGUAUGGAACCGGUUCUUCUAGACACCAAUAGACUGGAAUACUUGUUUGAGAGCAAAAGCAGCAGCAACAGCGCCCUCUGCAGUCUGAUGGAGCGACAACGGCAGAAGCAGCCGUGUGUGUGUGUGUUGGGUGUGAAGCGCAGUAACAUCAUCACUAUAGCCCUGAGCAGUCUGCCACCGGCCCACCUGCUUCCUCCUGCUAUAUUCAGUAUGGACAAUACUGUACUAGACAGAGAAGACAUCCAGAGGUUGCAGAUGUUGGUUCCCACUGAAGACGAGCUGAAUCUGAUAAAGGAGGCGAAAGCUCAGGCCCCGCGCUCACCUCUGGGCCCCGCCGAGCAGUGUCUCCUGACCCUGGAGAACAUUCCUCAUCUGAGCGCCAGACUGCAGCUCUGGGCCUUCACUCUGGACCACGACAACCUGGAGAGGGAAAUCGCAGAGCCGCUUUUCCAUCUGAAGCUUGCCAUGGAGCAGCUAGCGGCCAAUCAGACAUUCCGCUGCAUACUUGCUACUGUGCUGGCCAUCGGCAACUUUCUGAACGGCUGUAAGGCGAAGGGGUUUGAGUUGAGUUACCUGGGCAAACUCUCUCAGGUGAGAGACACACACGGCCGGCAGCCUCUUCUUCAUCACGUGUGCGUGUUAUUGCUCCAGCUUUACCCACAAUCCUCUGAUCUAUACUCUGACAUCACUGCUGUCACAAAAGCCAGCAAGUGUGACUACACACAAGUGCAAGUGAAUCUCUCCCAGCUUGAAUCUCUUUGUAAAGCAUCCUGGGAUCAACUAAGACUUCUUGAGAAGGAUGGAAAGAAGAAGAAAGGUGGAGGAAGAAAAGAGGAAGGUGGAGAAGAGGCAACGCUCCAUCAUCGGCUCCACCAGUUUCUGAAAGACUGCGAGGAGAGGUUGAAGGUGCUACGAGCAGUUCACCGCAGAGUCAUGAACAGAUUCCACUCGUUCCUGCUCUUCCUCGGUUACUCGCGUUCCAUGGUGAGAGAAACAAGUGCAGAGGCAUUUUGUAAGACCGUCAGUGACUUCGCUCUGGAGUACAGAGCCACUCGCAAUGCUAUCCUUCAACAGAGGGAGAAAGAGAAGGAGAAAGAGAGGGAGAAGGACAGCCAAAACACACCUAAACUCAAAAUUAGACACCAACAAAGCCCAUCUGAUGAGAAUCAGGAGCAGGUGAAACUUGAGGAGGUUUUGAAGACUCCUGAAUCAUCAUCUUUUCACUUUGACUUCACUCUUCCACGACAGCGCAGCAAGAUGACCGACAAGAGAGGUAUUCACUCCAGAAGGCUGAAAUGGUGAACUCCAGUCAUUCCUUUAAAAGUAUUGCCUGUUGAUGCAUUAGCUUGUCAACUUCAUAUUUUUGAGUAGGCUAUGGAAACAAAACUUGAAAUAACAUUUCUUUUCUGUGAUUUCUUUUGCAUUGCUACUAGUUAGUUUACAGUACAGUUAUGUUUUAGUACAUUAAUGGUACAGUGGUGUAAUAAAAAGUCUUUUUGUAUUCUUUACCAUAAUUUUUAAUACGGUUUUUAAUAAUAAUGUUUUAAUCAACUUUAAUUUCUUCGUUAAGUUUAAUUCUUUAAUACUAACAACCACCAUGGUACUAAUGGUUUACAGAUGCUUGAAACAGUUCAAUAUCAAAUACCAUAAGAAUUAUUGUUCAUUAUAUAAAACAAUAAUAAAUGAAUA